GGACGUAAGAUGAAGAUUUUUUACUUUUAUCACCGAUCUAAGGUUUAGUUGCGAGGAAAAGUUCCUUGAGUUUAGAGAUCUAGCUUAUAGAGUAUCUUCGUCCUCUGCAACUCCUGCAUCCUCUGUCAGUAAGAACCUGUCAGCCUUGGCUCCUGUUGCUGUGCUGAACCUACCCGGUCCUCACCAAGCGCACUUACUCUACCCCCUCCCCCCAGCCUACUCCGGCCCUCGCUUUCCAGCAUCCCAUGCCGGUAUAGGGGUCCGCUUCUAUAUUCUACUCUCUCAAGUACCUACACAGUCUCACUCGCUUCACAGCCAUCAUGGGGCGCGGGGCAGCUCCUAAGAAGAAGGAAAGAAAUUUGAACGACCUAAAGCAGGAGCUUGAGAUCGAUGUUCACAAGAUCUCCCAAGAUGAAAUCCUUAAAAGAUUUGGAACCAGCCUUGAAAACGGUCUCACCCUUGACCAGGUUAAGAAGAAGCAAGAAGAAUAUGGUCUAAAUCAGCUGACCCCUCCUCCCACUACCCCAGAAUGGAUCAAGUUCUGCAAGAACUUAUUCUCUGGGUUCGCUAUGCUGCUCUGGUUGGGAGCUAUUCUCUGUUUUGUUGCCUACACUAUUCAGGCGACAAACUUCGAGGAGCCUCCAGAUGAUAACCUGUACCUUGGUGUUGUACUUACUGCUGUUGUAACUGUGACCGGCGUGUUCUCCUACUACCAGGAGUCCAAAUCUGCUAAAAUUAUGGAAUCCUUCAAGAACUUGGUUCCCCAGUACGCUCUUGUCCGCAGGGGUGGGGAGAAACUUAACAUUGAAGCCAAAGACCUCACCAUCGGAGAUAUUGUUGAAGUCAAAUUUGGUGACAGACUUCCGGCAGAUGUAAGAGUUUUAGAGGCCAGAGGUUUCAAAGUCGACAAUUCCUCCCUGACUGGAGAAUCUGAACCCUGCUCCAGGUCCCCUGAAUUCACUCAUGAGAAUCCUCUUGAAACUAAGAACUUAGCUUUCUUCUCCACCAACGCUGUUGAAGGAACCUGUGUCGGAGUUGUCGUCCACAUUGGAGACAACACUGUUAUGGGACGUAUUGCUGGACUUGCCUCAGGAUUGGAUACUGGAGAGACCCCCAUUGCCAAAGAGAUUGGACAUUUCAUUCACUUGAUCACCGGAGUCGCUGUUUUCCUUGGAGUUACUUUCUUCAUCAUUGCCUUCAUCCUUGGAUACCAUUGGUUGGAUGCUGUCAUCUUCCUUAUUGGUAUCAUUGUAGCUAAUGUACCUGAAGGUCUUCUUGCCACUGUUACUGUGUGCCUUACCCUCACUGCCAAGAGAAUGGCCUCCAAGAACUGUCUGGUUAAGAAUCUCGAGGCUGUCGAGACCCUAGGAUCUACAUCCACCAUCUGCUCCGACAAGACCGGAACCCUGACCCAGAACAGAAUGACCGUUGCUCACAUGUGGUUUGACAACAAGAUCCACGAAGCUGAUACCUCGGAGGAUCAGUCCGGAAACGCCUUUAACAAGAACGCCCCCGGAUGGAAAACUCUUGAGAGAGUUGGUGCUCUUUGCAACAGGGCUGAGUUCAAGUCUGGACAAGAUAAUGUUCCAAUCUUGAAGAGAGAAGUCAACGGUGAUGCCUCUGAAGCUGCCAUUCUCAAGUGUACCGAACUAUCCAAGGGAAAUAUUAUCCAGUACCGUAAUGCUAACAAGAAGGUUUGUGAGAUUCCUUUCAACUCUUCCAACAAGUUCCAGGUUUCUAUUCACGAACAGGAAGACAAGAAUGACCAGAGAUAUCUCCUGGUCAUGAAGGGAGCACCUGAGAGAAUCCUUGAGAGAUGCAGCACCAUCAUCAUUGACGGAACCGAGAGGGAACUGAACCAAGAAUGGCAAGAUUCUUUCAACAAUGCCUACAUGGAGCUUGGAGGACUUGGAGAGCGAGUUCUUGGAUUCUGUGACAUGCUUCUCCCCGCUGACAAGUACCCUCGUGGAUAUCCCUUUGAUGCUGAUGAAGAAAACUUUCCCUUAGAAGGACUUAGGUUCGUUGGACUCAUGUCUAUGAUUGACCCUCCCAGAGCUGCUGUACCUGAUGCUGUCGCUAAGUGCAGAUCUGCCGGUAUCAAGGUUAUCAUGGUUACUGGUGACCACCCCAUCACUGCCAAGGCCAUUGCCAAGUCUGUUGGUAUCAUUUCUGACGGACAGGAGACUGUUGAUGAUAUUGCCGAACGUCUGAACAUCGAUGUGAGCAAGGUUAACCCAAGAGAUGCCAAAGCUGCUGUUGUCCACGGUGGAGAACUGAAGGACAUGUCUGAGAAGGCCCUUGAUGAUCUCCUCAUGUACCACACUGAAAUUGUAUUUGCUAGAACCUCUCCUCAACAGAAAUUGAUCAUUGUUGAAGGUUGCCAGAGAAUGGGAGCUAUUGUUGCUGUCACUGGUGACGGUGUCAAUGACUCUCCUGCCCUGAAGAAGGCUGAUAUUGGAGUUGCUAUGGGAAUUGCUGGAUCUGAUGUGUCCAAGCAGGCUGCUGACAUGAUCUUGCUCGACGACAACUUUGCCUCCAUUGUUACCGGAGUUGAAGAGGGCCGUCUUAUCUUCGACAACUUGAAGAAGUCCAUCGCUUACACCUUGACCUCCAACAUCCCCGAGAUCUCACCCUUUCUCCUCUUCAUCUUGGCUGAUGUUCCACUACCCCUUGGAACCGUCACAAUCCUGUGUAUUGAUCUGGGAACUGACAUGGUCCCCGCUAUCUCCAUGGCUUACGAACAGGCUGAGUCUGACAUCAUGAAGCGUCAGCCCAGAAACCCCUUCACAGACAAACUUGUGAACGAACGCCUGAUCUCCAUGGCCUACGGUCAGAUUGGUAUGAUCCAGGCUUCCGCUGGAUUUUUUGUCUACUUUGUCAUCCUUUGCGAGAACGGUUUCUGGCCCAGCCAUCUUCUGGGACUCAGAAGAGCAUGGGACUCCGUUGCAGUCAACGAUUUGGAGGAUUCCUAUGGUCAGGAGUGGACCUACAAGGAUAGAAAGGUCCUUGAGUACACUUGCCAUACUGCCUUCUUCGUGUCCAUCGUCAUUGUACAGUGGGCUGAUCUCAUCAUCUGUAAGACCAGGAAGAACUCUGUGUUCCAACAGGGAAUGAAGAACUGGUUCAUGAACUUUGGUCUUGUCUUCGAAACCCUCUUGGCCGCUUUCUUGUCCUACACCCCUGGCAUGGACAAGGGAUUGAGAAUGUACCCUCUGAAGUUCAACUGGUGGCUCCCAGCUCUCCCCUUCUCCCUCAUCAUCUUCAUUUACGAUGAGAGCAGAAAGUUCCUUCUGAGACGUAACCCCGGAGGAUGGAUCGAGCAAGAAACUUAUUAUUAAAGACAACUGGUUAUCCGGAGGUUCUAAUCUCUGACCUUGCAUAUCGAAAGAACUUUUACGUUCUGUAGUUUAUUGUAGUAGACACAAGUACAAAGUUUGUGCUGUUUCUUUAAUAUUAUUUAAAAUAAAAUAAUAAUCUGGAGGGUCAGUUGAUAUUUAAGGAGUUAUUGUUAAACCUGUACAGUUCCAUACAAUAUGUUCUAAAUGAUCAUUUAUUUGAUUCAAGAGUUAUUUUUUCAUAGAUAUGAAUAAAGUAUGGAUUUUUAAA